AUGGAGUAUCAAAAAGCAUUUCUACUAAAGUUAUUUAAGAUUUUUACAAUCCUUUUAUGCUUUGCAACAACAAAUGCUGACCAUCAACAACAAAGGUUUAGAACAAACACCGCAACAACCACCAGUACAACUAGCACGGCUAGUACACAUACGUCCGGUUGGCUGGGCCCCGAACUAACGAUUGUACGUCGUGUUUAUGACGAUUGCUUGGAUAAAACCGAUUUUAUUGCUUGCCUAAAGCAAAAGGCAUUGCAGGCACUUUCACGUGCACUCGAACAGGACACUAUUAAAAUUGUGGAUGGGCUUGUAUUGGAACGUCAGAAUCACACGGAGACACAGAGCAUCAUCGAUGCUAUCGCUGACGGUCGUACUUUCCAACGUUUACAGUCACUAGAUCGCGCACUACUCACUCAAGCUGAUAAGCUUGUGCGUACCCAUGCGCUCAAGAUUGACAUGAGCGUGGGACGUCAAGAAAAAGGAAAAAAGGGUAAGAAAGGAGGUGGGCAUGUUAAGUAUGUCAUAGCUGCUCUACUUACCGCCAUGGGUAUUGCUGGACCAAUCGGAUUAAAAGCACUUGCCGCUAUUGCUGGUAAAGCAUUAGUCAUCAGUAAAGUGGCACUCACAAUUGCCGGCAUUAUAGCUCUCAAAAAACUAUUUUCGCAUGAUCACCACGAGGAGACCAGUUUUCAGGUGCAUGCUGGAGACCACAACAGACGCAGCACCUAUGUUAUACGUCCUAUGAAUAAGGCCAGUUCUGUUCCAGCAGCUGCUGCUAGCGCAUCAGUGGAUCCAUACCGUUAUUAUUAUGAGUACCAUUAGUUAUAUAUCUACAUACAUUCGCGCGGCAUUACGGCCGAACGCUUGCAAUUUACUUAUUGUAAAGAAAGUCCCUUAUAUAUGUAUAUUUUAAAUUUAUUUUUGUUUAAAAUCAAGAAAAUUAAAACAGCUAA